AUGGACACAGCUGAUCACAAGAUGAGCCUUUUACCAUGUGAUCAGCUGUGUCCAAUGUACAAUCCAAUCCAUGUCCAAUCAGCUGUGUCACGGAGUAAACACACUGUCACAGAGCAGAUCGGCACUGAUCAUCAGGCACUGAUAAUCAGUGCCCAGCAGUGCCACCCAUCAGUGCCGCCCAUCGAUGCCCAGCAGUGCCGCCAAUCAGCAGCACCGCCUGUGAGUGUCGCCAAUCAUUGCUGCAUAUCAGUGCCUCCUCACCAAUGCCCCCCAGUGCCACUUCAUCAGUGCAGCCUAUCAGUGCCCAUCACUGCUGCCUAUCAGUGCAGCAGCCUUAUCAAUGCACAUCAGUGAAG